AUGGAUGGUGGCUGGAAAACUGAUGAUGGCAUCCAGAUGGUGGAUGGAGAUAAUUUUCGGCCAAAAUGUAUAUACGUUGCUGUUAUGAUGAGACGCAUAAUGGAUGCAAUCUUAAAUAAAGAUGCAAUGGAUGACAAGGAUUAUGUGGGAAACAAGCGAUUGGAGUUAUCUGGCCAGUUAAUAUCUCUGCUUUUUGAGGAUCUCUUCAAGUCAAUGACAACUGAAGUUAAGAAUUUGACAGACAAAAUGUUAGAUAAGCCGGACAAGGCUAGGAAUUUUGACAUGUCUACUAAUAUCAUCACUCUAGGCCUGGAAAGGACUCUCUCCACUGGUAAUUUUGAAAUAAAAAGGUUCAGAAUGGAAAGGAAAGGAAUGACACAGGUGUUACAAAGGUUAUCAUUUAUUGGCGCUAUGGGCCACAUGACAAGAGUCUCACCACAGUUUGAGAAGUCCAGGAAAGUAAGUGGUCCUAGAGCUUUGCAGCCUAGCCAGUGGGGUAUGCUUUGUCCUUGUGAUACCCCUGAAGGCGAGGCUUGUGGACUGGUAAAGAACUUGGCUUUGAUGACUCAUGUUACUACUGAUGAAGAGGAGGGCCCCUUAAUUUCUAUGUGCUAUUUAUUGGGUGUUGAAGACUUGGAACUUCUCUCUGCAGAGGAGCUUCACACACCUGAUUCCUUUCUUGUCAUAUUUAAUGGUUUAAUCCUUGGAAAGCACAGGAAGCCGCUGCGUUUUGCUGCGGCAAUAAGAAAGUUGCGGAGAGAUGGCAAAAUUGGCGAGUUUGUAAGUGUCUAUGUCAAUGAAAAGCAGCAUUGUGUCUACUUAGCUUCUGAUGGUGGUAGAGUUUGCCGUCCCCUGGUCAUUGCUGACAAGGGAAUAUCAAGAAUCAAACAGCAUCAUAUGAAAGAGUUGGUGGACGGAGUACGCACAUUUGAUGAUUUUUUACGAGAUGGCUUGCUUGAGUAUCUUGAUGUUAAUGAGGAAAACAACGCAUUGAUUGCUUUAUAUGAAGGAGAUGCCACGUCAGAAACAACGCAUAUUGAGAUUGAGCCUUUUACCAUCUUGGGAGUUAUUGCAGGGUUAAUACCAUAUCCUCAUCACAAUCAGUCACCCAGAAACACAUAUCAGUGUGCAAUGGGUAAGCAAGCUAUGGGAAAUAUAGCAUAUAACCAGCUGCGCCGGAUGGACAGCUUGCUUUACCUACUCGUUUAUCCUCAAAGGCCUUUACUGACCACAAAGACCAUUGAGCUGGUUGGAUAUGAUAAACUUGGAGCUGGUCAAAAUGCCACUGUAGCUGUAAUGAGCUAUAGUGGUUAUGAUAUAGAAGAUGCCAUUGUCAUGAACAAGGCAUCUCUUGAUCGUGGAUUUGGUCGUUGUAUUGUUAUGAAGAAGUAUAGUGCUGUCAUUCAAAAGCAUUCUAAUGACACAUCAGAUCGAAUACUUAGGCCUAAUAGAACUGCAGACACUGCAGGACGAAUGCAGAUACUUGAUGAUGAUGGUAUUGCUGCUCCAGGAGAAAUUCUUAAGCCAUUUGACAUCUAUGUCAAUAAACAAUCACCAAUUGAUACACGUACUCCAAAAUCAGGAUCUGCAGCAAAUUUGCCUGAUAGUGCAUAUCGGUCCAAUGCUCAAUCAUUCAAGGGGCAUGGGGGAGAAGUAAUUGAUAGGGUGGUUCUAUGCUCUGAUAAGGAUAAAAACAUGUGUAUCAAAUUUCUGAUUCGUCACACUCGUAGGCCUGAGCUUGGCGAUAAAUUUAGCAGCAGACAUGGGCAAAAAGGUGUUUGCGGAACUAUUGUCCAGCAAGAAGACUUCCCAUUUUCAGAGAAAGGCAUUUGUCCUGAUCUGAUUAUGAAUCCUCAUGGUUUCCCAAGUCGAAUGACUGUUGGAAAGAUGAUAGAGCUUCUUGGAGGGAAAGCAGGUGUUUCAUGCGGUAGGUUUCACUACGGCAGUGCUUUUGGAGAAAGAAGUGGUCAUGCCGACAAGGUGGAAGCCAUAAGUGAAACUCUUGUGAGUAAAGGCUUCAACUACAGUGGGAAAGAUUUCAUUUAUUCAGGUAUUACAGGUUGUCCACUGCAAGCAUAUAUUUUCAUGGGUCCAAUUUACUACCAGAAAUUAAAACAUAUGGUGCUUGAUAAGAUGCACGCUCGUGGUAGUGGCCCUCGUGUCAUGCUAACUAGACAGCCUACGGAAGGGAGAGCUAGAAAUGGAGGUCUUCGUGUUGGAGAAAUGGAACGUGAUUGCUUAAUUGCAUAUGGUGCUAGUAUGUUAAUUUAUGAACGACUUAUGUUGUCUAGUGAUCCUUUUGAAGUUCAGGUAUGUACAGCAUGUGGGUUGCUAGGAUAUUACAACCAUAAACUAAAAACUGGUAUUUGUUCAUCUUGUAAAAACGGAGACAACAUUUCUACCAUGAAGCUGCCAUAUGCAUGCAAACUCAUGAUUCAGGAACUCCAGUCAAUGAAUAUUGUUCCCCGCUUAAAACUGGCAGAUGCGUAA